AUGCUCGAAACAGUAUCAACGGCCCGCGAGAACCGCGACAUGACCUGUCUCAAUUUUGCACUUAGCUGGCUCUUCCAUUUCGGCAGAGCUCACCCGGACCUUGUCAGGGAUCUGGAGGCAGACAGUCUACUCGGCACGGCCAAGGAAAGUCUUUCCUACCUGCGAGUCAAGGCGAAGGAGACGGGUAUGUGGACGUUAUGGGCGUCGGUGCUUCUCAGCGAGGCGAAGCUGGGACUGGCAAAUGGUGAGAGCGUGGCGACAUCGGUCGAACUCGUCGUCCGCAGCUCCCAUCUCAUCGUCGAGCGGAACAUGAAGAACAUGUUUGGCGCCCAGCUGUCCAUUCUGAUUGCCCUGUGGGAUAGGUUGGGGUUGUCGCAGCUCUCAGCCAUGGACUGUGAGAUUUUCCUACGGUGUCACGCAAGACAUUCCAUAUUCGACGACGAACUCAAGGUCACAUCUCGCUUGGCGUCGCAGCUCGCGGCGAGAGGCAAGUUUGACGAGGCGUUGCAGAAACUAGAGGCCCUCGAUGAGAAUGCCUUACGAUCGUGGAAACCGAGCCAAUACUGGUACAAGUACCGGGGCAUCAUCAAGCUGAAGCGGGAUCUGCACCACAACAACCUCGACGGCGCAGAGCAGCUGCUCUCACAGCUCUUGCAGUCCAAGAAGGACGACUUGGAACCGGAUAUGGCCUUUGUGGUCGACUUCCUCCACAUCGACUGCCUCACGCGGCGGGGCGACCUGCAGGCGGCCUUCAACAAGGUCGAGGACAUGCUGGCGGCGAUUCGCGACGAUAAGAGAGACAUUUCGCUCCGCGUGAGGCUCAUGCUGAUCAAGGUCCACCUGUACGAUAAGUGCGGGCGUCAGCAGCGGGGCUUCACCAUCGCGAUGCGCGCGGCGAGCAUGGCGUGGAGGGCGCGGCUGGUCUCCUGCCUGUGGCAGGCUAUCGGCGCCAUUGCUAAUAUCCUGACGUCGUUGGGCGAGUUCGAGGCCUCGGUGCAGCUCCUCACGGCCGUCCUGCCGCGGAGCCUCGAGUGCGAUUCUGCGGCACUGAGCGGGCAGUUGUACUCGUACCUUGCCGACGCCAACAUGGGCAUCGCGGGGAUGAUGGCGCCGCAGUCGGCCAAGAGGCGGGAGUACCUGACCCGGGCUACGGGUGCUAUACAAAAGGCGUUUGAUCAUUAUUCGAGUAUCGAGGAUAUCACGAGGCAGUGUGAGAUGAUGGCCAAGAAAGCAACCAUUAUGAAGGUUGCGGGGGAUAAGGUGUUGGCGGCGGAUUAUGCUGCUGCGUAUGUGGCUCUACGCAAGGAGGCGGCAGCACUUGCGAUAUGA